UCAGAGACGUUUCUGAAGGACCCAUGGCUUCUUGGGGAGGAAACGAUCCAACAUAAUGAAGUUGGUGAAUUCAAGUUUGACCAUGUGUUUCAACCACACUGCUCCAAUGCUAGUGUAUAUGAGAAAUCCGUGAAAAAUCUCAUUGAAUCUCUCAUGGAUGGCUAUAACGCUACUGUAUUUGCAUAUGGAAUGACUGGUUCUGGUAAGACAUAUUCGAUGACUGGAACUCAUGAUGAACCCGGUGUGAUUCCAUUAUCCAUUGGUGAGAUAUUCAGUAAGAUCGAAGCUUCUGAUAAGGAGAUUUACAAAUUCGACUUGAAAGUGUCAUACAUGGAGAUCUACAACGAGCGUAUAUAUGACUUGUUAAACGUUGACCAGUUGAAGGGUGCUGCACUCAAUACAACAUCUUCUGAUUUGAAGAUAAGAGACGUCCCAGGGUAUGGCGUUAAGGUUGUUGGUCUUGUGGAGGAGAAAGUCACUUCUGAAGCUGAUGUUUUACACUUGAUGGAUAAGGGAAACUUGAACAGAAGAACUGGUGAAACUGACUUCAAUACAAGAUCGUCACGUUCACAUGCCAUCUUUUUGGUACGAAUUUCAAAGACAAAUACAGUUACGGGUAUGGAGAACUUUGCAACGUUGUCUCUGUGUGAUUUGGCGGGUUCUGAGCGUGCUACGGGACAAUCAGAAAGAAGAAAAGAAGGUUCAUUUAUUAACAAGUCUCUCUUGGCUUUGGGAAGUGUUAUUGUCAAAUUGUCGUCACCAUCUACAAAUGCAGGACAUAUAAACUACAGAGACUCGAAACUAACAAGAAUCCUUCAACCAGCCUUGUCUGGUGAUGCUGUGGUUUCGAUUCUUUGCACAAUCCAUACAAGUAAUACUGCCUUAGCUGAGACCAUAAACACUGUGCGUUUUGCUGCUAGGGCCAAGAACAUUACACUGACCGUUAGAAAGCACGAGACUGACACAUCUACCGAGAAGGAUAGAAUGAUUGAGAAGUUAAAGAUUCAAGUUGAAAGACAACAAGAGGAGAUUGCGUCAUUAAAAUCACAAAAGACAAUCUCUCUUAGUACUAUACAGGCAUCAGAAGGACUUGUUCCUGAAGACAUUAAAGAACAGAUUACAGAGCUGACUGCUGAGAAUAAGAUUCUCAUGGAACGUGUCGAACACUUCACUAGACUAACAGACCAA